AUGAAUGAGUUGCUGCAAAAACAUGGAUGUUCCAACGUGUUCACCGUCCCCGAAGGACUCAAGGAGCUCAUGUCCGAUAUCACACGUGAGGUGCUACGCUGGCAACCAGCAAAAAUGCUGGACUUCAUCGCCAACUACCUAGCAGCGUUACUGAUCACACGCGAGCACGGGAUCAUGGCGGUCAAGAUACUGGACGAGCUCUGCGACUGUCACCCAACUGUAUCAGAGCAUCUGUUGCAAAUCGGUCUAGAUAGAGAUGAAGCUACAGAUUUAGCUACCAUUAUCAAGCACGAAAUUGAGGCAUCCAAACCCCUUGAAGGAAAGGAAAAGGUGAAGGAGCAGGCUAUUUUGAAGAAAAUUCUUAAUCGUUACCCUCUCAAUGAAGAGAUGUCAGCCAAAGUAUGCCAGAUAGCAAGGAAUGCUUACCGCGACUAUUGGUAUAGGAAGAAUUUGAUGCAGAAGGGCCUUAAGACGACGCCAGAAGAAGCGUGGGAGAAGGCAGCUCAGCACACUCUGGAACUUUACAAGAAGACGAAGCCGUCUAUUAGCGAACUUCAUCGAGCCACGGCGAAGAUUCAGGCUGCUUACAGAGGGUACCAUGUACGUAGGAAUGUGCUGAAACAUCUCAUGCCUAAUAAAAAGAAGAAGAAGAAGACUCGCAGGGUGGAGAUGCCAGGUCCACCGCUAGAUGUCGCUAGCUCCAGGGAAAUAGAUCUAGGACCUGUCGUAAAUAUUAAAAUCAAAGAAGAUGAUGUCACUGGAAUGUUUGAAGAUGAAAAAGGUCAGAAACUUGGUCUUCAAUAUGACCCUAUGAAGACCAUAACCCAUGCUGACGAUGAUGAGUUUCUAAAGACUCAGAAAGCUAGAAUUAAAGAGCAAUCGUUUGCCGUUUUGGAAAUGACAUUGUCGAAGCCGAGUGUUACUGCUACUGAGGAUUAUUCAAUAAUGUCCGACAUGGAAAAAACAAAAGCUACUCCAAUUCCUGGCCCGAUGAGCAGCCAAAGGAUUUCAUUUGCUGAGGCUCCUCCGCUGAUCAUUAAGACACCUGAAGAGGAAGAUAUUGAAGUACCUGAGAAUAUUACUGGGAUAGAUUCCCAAAUACCUGAACCACCAGUAGCUUUCGAAAUACCCGAAGAACUGGCAGGCAAGUUUUGUCAUAGUUAUAUCAUUAUUGUUAGCAUAAUGAGAAAAUUCUUUAGAAAUAUUGUCAUUAGGUCAUUAUUUAGGGCGUUAUAA